AUGUCCGCCUUCGCCCCCUCCUCGAAGCGGUCGCUUCUCUAUACGUCCCUAUUAUCGACGGCCCUCAUCGCUGUAAAGCCUGUUCUUGCUCAAGACAGCACGGACAAAACCACGGCAUCUGGGGACGACAAACAGACCUCAGCCCAGCAAACCUCCAAUCAGCAAACCUCGCAAGCUGCCACGACGUCGGAGGCUAAGCCCAGCACGACGGACAAGGCAUCCACUACGAGCGAGGAGAAAACCACAAGCACCUCGGAGGAGAAAAGCUCGACGACGUCAUCAUCUUCUUCAAAGACCUCGACAACGACCUCGAAGGAAACUUCAACCUCGACUUCUGAUUCAGGCAAUAUCCGCAUCACAGCGUCGCUGACGGGAAAGUACGGUGUUCCAACAUAUGCUCCCGCAGCCGUUCCUCCGACAGUCAAUGCCCCAUUCAUGCAGCAUUCUCGCGCGCCGGAAGGAACCGUUUUCAUCGCCGUAGGAGCUAUCCUGGGCGCCUUUUUCUUGGCCAUUCUCCUCUGGCGUGUCAUUGUUGGUCUUUUGCUUCACCGAUCAGUCGAACGUGCUGCGAAGGCUCAGCACGACACCAACGCCAAGGCCGGCUUCCCUGCGCCGCCUGCACCCUUCUACAAGUACACUGAUCAGAACUCAACUAUGUCUCUUUCACAGCCUGGUCGCAACCCUCGAAGGACGACGCGUGGAACAGUUCCAUCCAUGACCAAUGCCAGUGCCUCGAACCUCUUCUUCUCUCCCACCGCAGCUAAUUCGACAACCCCUGGAAACCGGGCAUCUACCUAUCUUCCCUCUGGCUUUUACGCCGCCGGAGCGGGAUCCAAUAACCAGACGCAACGACACUCCACCAGCAUGACAAACCUUCGACCAGAUUCAAGGGGUCAUGGCGGCUCCCGCAACACAUUUCAAGGCACUCCUCCCGAUUCCCCUCAAGUGGUAGGCACAGCUAGGCGGGAUUUGAGCGCUACUUCGCUCAACCUCAACCGCCCACACAGCCAGCGCGCCCCUAGUGCCUAUCUGGACGAUUUGCUUGCCGAUGACCCGAACGCCUUCCCUCCUUCUCAGAUGCCUUCCACGACAUCGAGACAUUCUGCGCAUCUUGGGGGUCAGCAGUACCGUUGA